UGUAAGUUGAUCAUCAGAUUCGUUUCUCAUCAUAAUAAUAUUCUAUUUUUGACACCAAAUGGAGCAAACAAAUACUAAAAGUUUUCUCAACUGUCUAUGCUUCAUUUUCUUUUUCAAGAACUCUCUUGAACUGAUUACCACUGCCAAGGGCAACCCGAGUCUCGUUCUCACCAAUGAGACAGACCAUCAGGCACUGCUUGCAAUCAAGGAUUUGAUAACAGUAGAUCCACUGGGUGCCUUAAGCUCAUGGAAUCAUUCAAUUCACUUUUGCAAUUGGCAAGGAGUCUCAUGCGGUCGUCGACAUCAACGUGUGACACUCCUAAACUUGUCAUCUCUCUCAUUGGUGGGCUCUGUAUCUCCUCAAAUUGGGAACCUCACCUUCCUUAGGACGAUUGAUCUCCGUAACAACAGCUUUCAUGGCGAAAUCCCACAAGAACUUGGCAGGUUGUUUCAUUUGCAGUACCUUCUGCUUUUGAAUAACUCUUUCCAAGGUGAAUUUCCUAUCAAUUUGACUCAUUGUUCACACUUGAGACUUAUCGAUAUGGGUGGCAACAAUCUAGGAGGAAAAAUUCCUACCGAGCUGGGUUCCUUGUCCAAUCUCUCAAACUUGGUUCUUGGAGACAAUCAUCUCACUGGAACUAUCCCACUUUCAAUUGGGAACCUUUCCAAUCUACGUGAGCUUUCUCUAGUGUACAAUAAUCUAGAGGGAAGCAUUCCCACCCAACUUGGGCAGCUUUCCAAGUUGGAGUUUCUUCAGCUGUCAGAAAACAAUUUGUCCGAUAUGGUUCCUACUUCACUUUACAACAUCUCAUCAAUCUAUUACUUCUCUAUCGUUGCCAACCAAUUGCAUGGAAUUCUACCACCAGAUUUAGGCUUGACCCUUCCAAAUUUACUAGGAUUUUAUGUCGAAUUAAAUCAAUUCUAUGGCCAAAUUCCAUCGUCAAUAGCCAAUGCUACGAGACUUGUGCAAAUUGGUUUUACCAACAAUUCAUUCACUGGGCCCAUGCCUAUGAAUCUGGGAACCCUUGACGCUUUAGAAAGUUUAGCUGCUUCUGGCAAUUCACUUGGAACAAACCAAGGCAAUGAAUUAACGAGCUUCCUCACUUCUUUAUCCAACUGUUCCAAUCUACAAGUUCUGGAUUUGUCUACGAAUCAUUUUAAUGGUUUGUUGCCCCCUACUAUUGCAAAUCUCUCUACCAAGAUCACUUGGUUCAAUCUACAAGACAACUAUAUAUCUGGAAGCAUACCUCUUGGUAUUGGGAACCUUGUAAAUUUGCAAGCACUCUCUCUAGCUGAAAACAUGCUUACAGGUAGUAUUCCAAAUUCCAUUGGAAAACUUUCCAUGUUGGAAACCCUUAUCCUUAACACAAAUAACAUCUCUGGAGAGAUUCCAUCGUCUAUUAGAAACCUAACCAGUCUUGGUGAUCUUGACCUUUCAAUAAAUAUGAUUGAAGGAAGCAUUCCUAUUUCUUUAGGCAAUUGCACCAAUCUACAACAAAUUUAUCUUAAUUACAAUCAUCUCACUGGAGCUAUACCUUAUCAAAUCUUUGGUCUUACUUCCCUCAGAAUUCUAUUCUUAAGUCAAAAUUACCUAACAGGGCUACUAUCACAAGAAGUAGGUAACUUGAAAAAUCUUGGUGGACUAUAUGUAUUAAAAAAUAAACUAUUUGGAGAAAUCCCCGCCACUCUCAAAAAUUGUGAAGUUUUAGAAUUCCUCUACAUCGAUGGUAACCUUUUCGAAGGUACAAUUCCGAUGUCCUUCAAACAAUUGAAAGGUAUUCAAGAACUAGAUGUUUCUAGGAACAACUUGUCUGGACAGAUUCCAAGGUUUCUAGGGGAGUUACGGUUCUUUCACUAUCUCAAUCUUUCCUACAAUAUGUUUGAUGGUGAAGUUCCGAAUAAAGGAGUUUUCACAAACAUUAGUGCCUUCUCAGUUGUUGGAAAUAGUAAACUAUGUGGAGGAAUUAAACUAUUGCAAUUGCCUACAUGCUCGAUUGAAGUCUUAAAUGAAAGGAAGCGACCUUCCAGCCAUAGAGUAAUAGUUCUAGUAGUUACUCUCACUAUUGUUGUAUUAUCAUUGUGCAUUCUAGCUAUUCUUUACCAAAACAGAAGGUCAAGGCAGCAAGUCAAUUUAGCCUCACCCUUGAAAAACCAAUAUCCACAACUCUCUUAUGGAGAACUUUUUCAAGCAACAAAUGGGUUCUCUCAAUCCAACUUAAUUGGUGAGGGAGGAUAUGGUUCUGUUUAUAAAGGGAUUCUCAACUCCGAUGAACAAAUUAUUGCUGUGAAGGUGCUCAAACUACACGAACGUGGAGCGAACAAGAGUUUUGUUACAGAAUGUGAAGCAUUGAAGAACAUUCGCCAUCGAAAUCUAGUCAAGAUAAUUACAGCUUGCUCAAGCAUUGAUUUUAAAGGCAACGGCUUCAAGGCUUUGGUCUUCGAGUUCAUGGAAAAUGGGAGCUUAGAAAAUUGGUUACACCCAAGUCUUUUAGAGCAACAUGAACCUAAGAACUUGAACUUUGUUCAAAGGCUAAACAUUGCCAUUGAUGUGGCAUGUGCAUUGGAUUAUCUUCAUCAUCAUUGUGAAAUGGCUUUUAUUCAUUGUGAUUUAAAGCCAAGUAAUAUUCUUCUUGACAGUGAUUUGUGUGCCCAUGUUAGUGAUUUUGGCUUGGUAAAGAUUUUUUCAGCAACCAAUGGAAUUUCUAUUCAUCAGCAAUCAAGUUCAAUUGGGAUUAGAGGAACAAUUGGCUAUGUUGCCCCAGAGUAUGGUAUGGGUGAGCAGGUAUCAACGCAAGGUGAUAUGUACAGUUAUGGAGUGUUACUACUAGAAAUGUUCACAGGAAAAGCACCAACUGGUAACAUGUUUACAGGUAAUGUAAACCUACAUAGCUAUGUAAAAAUGUGUCUUCCAAAGCAAGUAAUGCAGAUCGUUGAUCCCCAAAUCAUAUUGGGAAUGGAAGAGGAGCCAGGUAGGAGCAUGCAAGGUAGUACAACCAACAUUUCUAACCUAGAGGCUUGCCUAGUACUGGUCUUUCAAAUUGGAGUUUCAUGUUCUGCUGAAAUGUCAAGUGAAAGAAUGAGUGUGAAAGAUGUUCUCAAAGAACUACACAAGAUUAGAAAUGUAUUUCUUGGGGUUAGGGACAAAGGCAUUAGGAUGGAAGAAGAAAUGAUUCUUAACUAAAGCCACAAUUGUGGGUUAUUUUGAUGUUCUAGAAUUUUCUUUCAUCUGUAGGUUAUUUUGAUGUUCUAGAGUUUUCUUUCCUUCACUUUUCUUCUCCCCCCUUCUUUCUUUUCUGAAUCUAUAAAUGUUGAGUUAGAAAAGGCA